CGAAGAAGACGAUUAUCAUGCCUUCGUUGAAAUGUAUCGACAGGCCAAGGACGAUGAUAAUUUAAGAACAGAGAUCCUGUAUUGUUUCGGCAAACUCCAGUCAGCAGAAUUGUUGGAAAAGGCCUUAGAUUUUCUAUUAUCUGAGGUCCAAAUUGAAAGUACAAUCAGGCCCUUGUACAGUAUUGUUUUGACACCAUUGGGUAGACAUGUGACCUGGAAGCAUUUUAUAGAGAACAGGGAAAAGUACAUUGAUAGGUAUCUAGCAAGUGACUACAUGGGCACCAUAAUCGACAUAAUAAUUUCGAGAAACGUUUGCAAUAUAAAGGCGGAAAAAAUGCAAAAGUACUUUGAGGACAAUCCUAUUGAAGGAUCUCAAGUGGAGCUUAAAUUGGAACUUUGAGCUUUGCAGCAGUCGAAAGCUUCGCAAUAAUACACAUCAUUCAGGGUCAAUCUUUAACAAGUCGUGAGCACAGAACUCAAGCAGCCGUGGAACGAGUAAACGAUCUG